AUGAACGGCACAGACUUGAACCUGGCUACCGGCGUUCUCUUUGGGGGUUCUUUGCUGCUCAUGCAAUUGCCGUCGAACCCACUGAUUGCGCGUGUUCGCGUGGGAUUGGCAAUGGGACAGUCUCUGCGUGUCAGGCAGCCGCAAUAUCAUUUGCAAGCUGGCGAUGCCACCUCAAGCAGCAUCAGCGAAGGCUUGGCCAUGGUUUUGACCGAUAAGCGCAUCUAUAUCUUCAUCUUGCUCCAGCACGCGUCACUUUUCUUGCAGAUGGAACCUCCAGUACCGUUUCUCGACUAUUGUCAAAUCUUGGGCUAUGAUAAGAUCGAGACACUUUUGAUUCCCGGGCCAGUAUGGAUCGUCACGUUCUUCGUCACCGCCGCGGGCGGUGUCCUCUUUACGGACACAACCAACCAAUACCAUAGUAUGCCAAUUGGCGCCGUAUCCGUCGAUCAAAUCAUCAUCGUCUGGGUGGUCAAUUCUUUCCCUCGGCCGCUGGUCAAGCUUUCUCCGGCAAUCGCCCUUGAGAACAUGAUCGGCAAUACUGCCUCCAUCUGUGGUAGUUACAUGUGGUCCUCGACGUCGGGACCAGGCUAUAUCCCAGGCGGAGAUGGUGGCGCGCGAAUCGCUGUCUCCGUUGCGGUCAUUGCCUUGGCGAUUCGACUGAUUCAUAUCAGGCUGAAAAAACGCCUCGAGGCCGCCGAGUCUAGUGAAUGA